AAAAGAUUCAUGAGAAAGUGAAGUCAUCCCUUUCUUUCCUUCUUGGUCUGCAAAUGUUUAAGCACUAAGCAAAGUUCUCCCUCUCUCUCUCCCUCUCUCUCUCCUUCCUCUUUUCACAACUUACCAUCAUCACUUUCCAUUUUCUUUCACCAGACUUCCCCUCUACAGAAACCAAAAGGAGAGUCCCUCCAAAACACCCAGAAAGAGCAAGGGAAAGAACCCAAAAAAGACAAAUCUUUUGCAUCAUCUCCCCCGCUCCUUGUUUGCUGAUAUCAAACAAUGUGGCAGAAGCAGCCAAGCACGUCCUCCUUCAGAGAAUCCAUCAAAGCUCUUGAAGCUGAUAUACAGCAUGCCAAUAGCCUGGCAGCUGGUUUACCAAGAGAUUAUUGCGGUGACAGUAUUCAGAUGAGAUUGUCAUACAGUCCUUUUGCACCAUUCUUAUUGUUUCUGAUUGAAUGGAUGGAUUGCCAUUGUACAGAUUCCAUCCCAAGUUAUUUAGGCCUUGUUCAGAUCGUAAUAUAUCAGGUAUAUGUUGAUGGCAUGCCCACAAUGUCUUCAAAAGAAAGAAAAGCCUCUCUGAGGGAAUUUUACGCCGUCAUAUAUCCUAUGUUGAGGCAAUUGGAAGCCCCGUUUGUCCUAAUUGAAGAUAACAAUAACAAAAGAAGCCAAGUGGUAGAUAUUUCGAGCAGAAUGCGGGCAGAAAACAAGCGGAGGUUUGGCGAUAAAGAUAUUGAGGAGGAGGAUGAAUGUGGCAUAUGCAUGGACGGUUAUAAUAAGAUGGUACUUCCGAGCUGCGGCCACUCCAUGUGCAUCAAUUGCUUUCGUGACUGGAAUGGCCGAUCUCGGUCCUGCCCCUUUUGUCGCGACAGCCUUAAGAGAGUUGGCUCAAGAGAUUUAUGGGUCCUCACAAGCAGCAACGACAUAGUUGAUGCAGUUACUCUGGCGAAGGAGAAUCUAAGAAGUUUCUGCCUUUACAUAGAGAGCCUGCCUUACAUGACGCCCGAGACCCAUGUGCUUGUUUUCGAUUACAUGAUGAUCUAAUAGUGAGCAGGACUGAAGAGUUUGACUGUACAUUCUAGGUACAGAUGUUGUAGCCUUCCAUUAUUAGUGAAGCCAAGGUACAUACAUGAACGUGGAAGCUCAAGCAGAAGCCGAGGUAGCUGUGCAUAGAUGAGUUCAUUCCCGAUUUCCAACAUUAUCUUGGAAUUUUGGGUGAAAAUCAGGUGGAUCCAUAUGUAGUCCUGCAUUAUAUUUUCUCCUCACAGAAGCAAUUCUUAACCUUCUGCAAGAAUGGGAGCUAGAUAAGUGAUGUAUAGUAUAUAAACAGGGCAUUUCUAAGGAUUCAGCCCAGCUAUUUUUGGACCCAAGUACUGGAAUGCAAAAUGUCAAGCUCUGGGGGGUUGGUUGAUGUUUAUAUUCCCAAUAAAAGGGCCUUAUGCAUUUAGUCUUCUGCUUAAUAUUCACGGUACAGGUGAAAUAAUUUGUGAUGCACUUGAAAGUUAAUCAUCUUUCCUGCCAACUCUACUGCAAUGAAGCAUUAUUUUGUUCUUUUA